GGGGUAUACAUUGAGAACCCAGGGACUAAGAUCUGUUUUAGACUGCCUGACAAUAAUACGGCCCUGCAGGCGGAAAUCCGGGCGAUCACGGAAUGCGUGAGGUGAUGUGGUGCUAACUCGAGUACGUCGAGUGUGAACUCUUUACGGACGGUAAAAUGGCCAUAAGGGCAAUAACAAGCAGGACGGUAAGGUCCCUAACAGUCGUGCAGUGCAAGACUUCUUUGAGGAUGGCACAAUCCGCAUCGUUUGGGUGCCGGGCCAUAACGGAGUAAGUGGGAAUGAAAGGGCACAAGAAUUGGCAAUGAAAGCCGGAGAACUGUCGUCGAUAUAACUCUGUAACACUGUGGAACAGCGAAACAAUCAGUAGGACGGCGAAAAUCCUAUGGGGUGAUCCGGAUCGGGAGAAGACGAGUGGCUUUUGGUGGCAUAACGGAACACAUAGGACAACGAGCUCAAAAAAUGCAAAUUUUGCCCAUAAACAUUCCAAACUUCUCACAUAUCAAUAAGUGCAGUCCGAUUCAAGUUUAAGCUCAAUGAUAAGGGGCCUCCUUUUUAUAGCCGAGUCCGAAUGGCGUGCCGCAGUGCGACACCUCUUUGGAGAGAAGUUUUACAUGGCAUAGUACCUCACAAAUGUUGCCAGCAUUAGGAGGGGAAAACCACCGCUGAAAUUUUUUUUUGUUUUUUCUGAUGGUCUCGCCAGGAUUCGAACCCAGGCGUUCAGCGUCAUAGGCGGACAUGCUAUCCAAGGCGCUACGGUGGCCUCUAGGACUACGAGCUCACUUAUGCAAAAUUGGUGCGGCAAGAGACAGUAUGUGUAGGGUAUGUGGGGAAGAUGAGGAGACGUUGGGGCAUUUUCUAUGUCAUUGCCCGGCUUUCGUGGCCAACAGACACCGGUACUUAGGUGGGGACACGAUACCAGACAUAAACCAACUUAGAGGAGUGGUAUGGAAAACAAGGAUUUUGUAAGUAGCACGGACUCCCUAACUUUUAAGUUUUUAGAGCACACAACAAGCCGAUUACUGGCUAAGGUGUAUGUCCAUGGUGAAAUGGGGCGGAUUAAUAUCUGCACCCUCUUUUCAACCUAACCUAACCUAAAUAGACGAAUUCCUUUGAGGAAGUCACUAAAAAAGUGACGAAACGAUCUAUGUGUAACAAUUGGAAUGACGAAAUUAGUACACCCCCAUACUUUGGUGGAGGGUAUAAAAAUCAACAAAUUGACUUUUGGAAGCCUCAAAUUUCCCAUUUCAUCUAAAUUGUCCUAUAAAAUCUCCCAAUAUAACUCCUUGAGUCUCAUCCAUUUGCCGAGUACAGGAAAAAUACCUAACAUUUGAAAAUUUCAAGAAAAUCGUUUGAAACAUUUUGAGCUUUUGAAACUUUCUUAAUUUUUUCUUUCCAAAAAGCUUUAACAGUUAUCUCAAAGCAAGGACAAAAACCAUUAUCAAAAGUUUGAGAACUGCGCAUGUCUAUAUGCUGCAAGUACCGCAAACAACUCAAAGGUAUAGAGCCUACAAAAAAAACAAUGAAAUUUGCCGUUUGUGCAAUGUAAUAACUCGAAUGUAGCUUCUCUUCAAAGAGAUUCAAACAGGUUGAGAGUUGGGCAUGUAGGUGGUAGGUGGUGCUUGACGAGCAGGCAAAAAUCAUGACACACAGUUGUGGUAAAGCUGUUAAGGCUCAACACUAAAUGAAGCCACGGAAUUCCGAACUCAAACAUCAGCAUUUAAGGCUAUUUGUGUUUGCGGCGAAGGCGGCAAAGGCCCCAUCAAUGACGUAGAUAGGAGAAGUGUACGGAGGUUCUGUUGCAGGAGCAGCAGCAGUGAUGGAUUUUUUUGGGUUUUGGCCGGGGUUUGUGCUUUUUUUUUGCUUUGCGGAGCCACUUAAACAAAGCAAAGAGAGUUUUGCGGGGGCGAGAGGUUUGUUAGAUUUUCAGUUGGUUGGCCAGAAAGUUGCCGACCAGCCUGCCUGCUUGCCUACUGACUACCUUUGGGGCUCGUGGAAAUGUGAAUGAAAUAGAAACGACGACAUCGACAACGAAGACGACAACAAACGACCAAACUUUGGCCACGGCAUUGUAGCCCAACGAGAACAACAGCAGCCAAAGAAGUAAAAACGAAGCACAGAGCAACAAAACGCACUCGCAUAGACACACACACACGCACACACACACACUCGCAAACGUCCGCUCACACUCUUUGGGUCCAAUAUGAAAAAAAUUGAGGCCAAGAAUACAAUAAAAACUGUUGCUUUGUUAAAUAUUUUAGCAGUUCAUUCAGGACUCUGGUGCUGUAAACACAUAUCCUUGGACACGCAAGCCAAAGCGAGAGCAUAAGAAGAAUUAAAAUAAAAAAUUUAAAAAACAAAAUUGAGAAAUAUUUAAAUAUAAAAAUAAACAAAACAUUUUUGUGAAUGUGAAAAGUGUGAUAAUAAACCAAACGCAAAAGCCAGAAAAAGAAAACAAACUCUGUUUUGAAUAUUUGUGUGUGUGUGUAAAAACACCUUAAACUCAAAUAUGCGUUUACUGAGUCAACUACUCGAAUUCGUUCGAGCCGAUUUUAGUCUUAGGCUAUAUCUGGCUUUGGCCUUAAUAGCAACUGUUGCUUCGGUGCCCACAUCUGUUUUGGUGCAAAAUUCCGAAUUGGCUUCCAAUGCCCAACAAAAUCAUCCCAAAAAUUCGAAUAAAAUUUUUAAUGGCCUUGGCAGCAGCAAUAGUGGUGUCAUUAGCAGCAGUACCAUUAAUAAAGUGAAGCGUUCAAACGAUGCUCAGUCCUCGUCCAGCAAGAAUUCCCCAGAGUCAGCUGUCAACAAAAAAUCUAGCCCCGAAAUUGUGCCCGCUUCCUAUACAGCACCACCAAGGCCGAAGCCAAACUUCAGUGUGCCCCAACAACAACAGCAGCAGCUGGACUCACAGGAAGCCAAUCAAAAUUACGGCCUUCAAAAAAGCAAUGACGUCAUAAAUUCAGCCAUAGCGGCUGGUCUUGUAGAGGCGGCUGCAGUGGCUGCAAAUCAACGUGAGUUGGAACAAUUGCGAAAACAACAGCGUCAGUACUAUGCUGAUGAAGCUGAGGAUGAACAACAGGCAGCCGCCAUUAACAAACGCGGCAUAAGCAAUCAACAACAAUAUGGUUAUACCAAUUUGGCACCCCCGGAAAAUAGCUACGAAAAUUCCGCAUUCAUUCCCCCACCGCCAAGUUCACGCUACCCCUACCCAUAUGGCACCUACGAGACCAUGCCCCCAAAAGAGCUGCCCCAGCCUGUGUGGGGAGAAGAUUUGGACACCCCCAGUGUGGUCUAUUCUGACAUCGAUGAAUAUGGCAUGCCCAUGUCGAGAGUCUGUCAACUACUUGUACUUCCAUAUCCAUUUUCAGUUCCUGCCUCCUAUCACAACAAAGCUUAUGACAAUUUACAGACAAUUCUGAAUUCGGAGAACUAUAUGGACUCGCUGCCGCCACCAUUGCCCUAUAACAGUGGACGCUAUUACAAUGGUGGAGCGGAAACGGAUCGUAAUAAGAGGGCCUACAAGGUUUUCAAUCAGUUGGCCAAUAAAUUUCCCGACAUGAGAUUAAAACGUGACACUAAACUAACUCCUGCUGAUAUGCUGGCUUUGGUUGCUCUAGUCGAAGCUGGAGAGAGAGCUCGCAAGGAUACCGAUGCUGAUGCUGGCUAUAUGUAUCCCCCCGAAAGUUAUGUACCCAAAGCAUAUGGACUAAACAAUAAUUACAAUACUGGAUCUUAUGAUUACCCAAGUUUGGGUCAAGUCGACGAUAGCUUGGAUUAUAACAAUGGACCCUGGCUGGAACCCCAAUCAAUGGUCGAUUAUUAUGGAGUGCCAAUGAAUAUGGAGCCCAUGGGAAAAUACGAUACACGUAUGGCACAAAAUGAAAAUAAAUUUAAUGAACGUAUUUUCAACAAUAAACAUGGUUACAUGGUUGCAAAGAAAAAACGUUCCAUUGCCAAACCCAUUAUUCCCUACAAACAAGAUAAAUUGUACUAAAGUUAAUGGAUUUCCACAUAAGCUCAAGUACUUUUAUCUUUAAAUGAACAGAAAAUAUUUUGAAAUUUAAUUAAGAAAUUCUCAAAACUAAAAAUAUACAAAAUCAAUGUGUAAUAUAUUGAAAGCACUUUAGAUAUACAAACAUCUUAACAACAACAAAAAUCAUCAGCAUAUAUACAUAAUAUAUGUAUAAAGCCCCCAGAAAGUAUUUUUGGUUUUAAAAUAAAAACAAAAAGAAAGGAAGAAGGUAUCAAUUGUUUAAAAAAAAAUCAUCAAUUUUUUUGUGUCAAAUUUUAAGAAAUAAAAUUAAAAACAUUUACGUGCAAUUGAUAUAAAAUACAAAUGCAUUUAUAUCAAUUAUUUAUUGAGAAACAAAGAAGAACAAAUACAUAAGAGAAAUAAUAAAAAUAACAGUCUGAACAAAUAUUUUAUGGAAAUGUAAAAGAAACUCUAAGUUAACUACUACUAUAGUAUACACAACAAAACGAUCACACUCAUAAACCCACAUACACACACACAAGUCAUAAUCUCAACAGCACUAACGCCACCUAAUAUUAAAAUAACCAAUUAACUGCUAUCUUACAAAGACUACACAACUAAUAACAGAACAAUGUUAAACUGAGCUUAACUUAAACUGAACAUACGCUGUAAUAUCUAAGUCUUAAACCCCGUUUACACUGCUCAUUAAAUUCGGAUUUAAGCCCCUCGUCAGCUGAUUUUAUAAAGGAAAACAGAUGGUCGAGCUAAUAAAUCCGGAUUUAAAGAGCAGUGUAAACGGUGUUUUAUGCCCAUAUUCACAAAACUUAAAGUAGCGUUAAAGUUGGGCUUAUUUGACAGAUUUCCUUCAUGGAAGCAUAAAAAAAACCUACUAUAAAGCUGUUUAAAAUUUUGUGAAUACGGGUGUUACACUUUUCCUGCCUCUCGCAAAAAAAAAUUGAUUUACAGUAGGUCCGUUCGCGUAAAUUUGCCAGCAAAAAUUUCAAGGAGAGUAAGCACCGACUUUGCUCUCUUUUGCUAUUUAUUUGAAGUAAACAGCUGUUUUCCAUAAAACCUUCUGUAGAAAUUUGGAAGCUUUCAAUUAUCAAACUCUCAAAAUAUUGUUCGCUCUUACGCUCCUCCCGCUUCUGUCGACAAAUAAAGUACGCGAAAGACUCCCAAUAACAAUUUUGAGUACGCGAUUACACAAUUAUCACCCAUUUUUUCAAUCAAAAAAAAGAUUUCAUCAUAAUGGAGAGUUCACAUUUUGAGAUAUACGUUAGGUAACGAUCACUGUAAAAAGGCAAGCAAAAUAAGGCUUGUGGUCCAUACAAUACCGAUUUUAACGCAAAUUACAUGGAUUUUCCUCUCGAAGAGCCCUGUGCGCUACGUCAUCCAAUAUACUUGCUCAAGUAGCAAUACGUCUGCUUUAUACAAGGCUGAAUACGAAAAGGUUACGUCGAUAACAAAAAGUUGAAACGCUCCAUGAACGUUGAGGAUGUCACAAUAAAUGACAGAAAUAGCAGAAAACGUAAACAAAGAAGGAAUACAAAAGAGAACUAGUUGACAUCCUCAAUGGCAAAUACUGUCAAAAAAUUUUUUUCCGGCUAAUCGGGUUUUCAACCUCAUUAAGUGAAUCCCCAUGGCGAAACAAUUAAAGGUGAUCUCAUUUGCACAACAACCAUAAAUCAUAUGGUGCAAUUCACCAUCGUACCAUCAAGCUGAUCGACGUUUUGCCAACACAGGUAAAGAAAUUUGUGUGCUUGUGUGCAUACAUGAGCAGAGAAUAUGGGAAAAAAAUCUGACAUCUUAAUACUGUCAAACUUGACCGGCCGUUAACAGUUGCUCGCGUGCGACCACCUUAUUUAAUCCGCCUUGGUGAAUCCCUUGCUUUAUUUAAGCUGGUACCACUGCCUUGAAGGGAGUGAUUUUUAAUUGUCGAGAGGCAGGAUCUGCCAAUUGCGAAUGUCAACGAAUGUCAGUUACAAGCUUUUUCUCUUAAAAAAUGUCUGAUUGCUUUCCGUGAGCUAAUUAGGUGAAUCCUGGACGAGAGGUGGUUGGACAUAGGAUUCACUCAAAAAGUUUACGUCAAACAACCAGCCACGAUACAUUUUUUUUUAAAUUUUCUCCAUCAAACUUGUUUUUGUUUACGUUUUUCUUAAUUGUUUAAAAUGUGUGUUUAUUCACAUUCAAACUCAAAUUGAGUUAAAAUUGAGUUUAUAAAGAUUUAUUUUAUCAAAAAAAAAAAAAUUACUGAUAUUUGUUAACAUUCACAAUAGGCAGAUUUUGACAAUAUUAAUGACAUUAAUUGACCCUAUACACUCUAUGUUUUCCUGUGUCGUAAUUUUUUUUCAGCGAAUGCAUAAAAAAAGAGUUGCCUCUAGUAUCUUUUAUCUCCGUUGAAUGUCAGAUCCACCAUACGCUGCAGAAAAUGCUUUUGCCAAUUGCAUUCAGAUUUUUAUUUAUGUAACCAUUUCAGUAUAUUGUGAAUUUCACACAACAGGUGGUCUCAAGACAAAUUGAGACAGCAAACAGCUGAGUAUAGUUUUUUCUCCCGGAGUACACUUUUUGUCAACGGGAUUUUAUAAUGUUCGGUUGUGUGUGUGUGCUUUAUAGUUAAGGACCAUAGCACGCACAGACAAAGAAAAAUGGCGCGAACAAACAACGUGGAGAGUUGCAAUAAUCACUGAUUUUGGCAGAUAGUGCACUCAAUUUUUUGUUGUUGGCCAACUGCCCUUACCCAUUAAAUUUGUCUUGGGUGGUCUACCUUCAACAAUUACACUUUGACUGGGGUCAGUUAAGGUUAUUCUGUAAAAUCUUUCCAGUUUUUUGAACUUUUGGUACAAUCCAAAGUUGCCAUAGAGCUAACAAACAGUUGGAAGGUUUCGACCUUGUUCUCUUGGGUCCUUUUCUGGAUCUUGCGUUGUAUGAAUAUCGAUGUUGGAUUUACUAGGUCUAAAGCCGAAGCGAUAGGGCCCAAAUAUCUUAUUGUCUUUUGACCUAAAGCUCAUAUUCACAAAUCCUAAAGUUGCCUUAAAGUAGGCUUAUUUAACAGAUUUCCUUUAAAGAACUUAAUUUAAUUUAUUAAAUUAAUUUAAUUUCUUGAUUAAAUAUUUUGUUGGCAUAUACUAUUUUGUCUCCCUUCUUGUGCACUAGACAUAGUGUGCUAUGUUUCCAACUUCCGAUCUGCGAUUUUCUUGCCAGAUUGUACAAACAAGCUGAUGUAUAUGACCUUUAACAGAUGGCAACUCAUUAGCUAUUUCCGUUUUAUUUUCCUUAGCCGGGCUAUUGCUACAAUUUCUUUUCCUUAUAGAUUUCAGAAAAACGACAGGAUACACUAAUUAAAUGCAUAAAUGCAGGAUACACUAAUUAAUAGCAAAAAAAAUGGAAAGGGCGCAUUGUUUGAAAAUGUCAUUAAAUGUCACCAACAAAAGAUGAAUGUAAACAAAGAAUCGGUUGGCAACCUUACUCGCUAACAGCUGUCUUUACAAGAUGCUUUUUCUUCUUCUUAUCUCUUUUGCGAUAAUAGUGCCGGGGACAGUAAUCGAUAUGUCGAACAUUGUCGAAAUUCAUUAUCACAAACUCUCUCUCUCACUCUCUUCAAAAUGCUUUCAGCUUUCCUGAAUGACAUUUAAAUUACAAGCCCAACCAAAAACAAUCCAACAAAACCCCAUAAACACACAAUUAAAAGCAUAAAAAUAAGCAUAUUAUAAAUACAAAAACAAAAAUAGGUGUGCCCUCUAGAGCAGCUACCUUUUUCUAGUAAAGAAUUAUGUAUAUCCCAUAUUUGGCAUUUAUUUAAAAACGUCACGCAAAAAAAAUAUAUUAUAUAUACAUAAACAAACAAUUCCUAUUGAGAGACGAAAAAUUAAACCAAAAUUGUUGUAUUGUAAAUUAUUCAAUAAAUUAUAUAUACAUAAAAACUUAAAAAUAGAUAUUUACAAAAAAAAACUAAAUAACAUUUAAAACAUAUAAAACAAGUAUAAUUAUUAAUUCGAAAUUGAAAGGAAAUUAAGUGGCUCAUCACAUUAUAUUUUAAUGAAACCCAAAUUAUAUAAAAAUAAUAUUAGAUCGUUUAUUUAAUCAAAAAUGACUGUUUUUCGGAAUUUAUAAAUUAAAAAUUUAAACAAACCCAAAAAAACAUAUACACAUAAAAAAACACACAUUAAAUCGCUUGUAUAAAUAUCAAUCAUAUUGUAA